AUGGCCGAGACUGAGACUCAAGUCGCAUCUGCGCGGCGCAUGUACGACGCCCGCGCUGCAAACUAUGAGCAAUCAUGGCAUCCUCACUACUCCGCCCGGUUCAUCAAGCUCCUUGACAUCCGCCCUGGCUCUCGGAUCCUCGAUCUCGCUUGCGGCACGGGUCUAGAUGCCUUUCUGGCCGCCGAGCUCGUUGGCGAGCAGGGACGGGUCACUGCGGUCGACGUGAGUGAGGGCAUGCUGGCAGUGGCUGCUGAGCGACAAAAGAGGGAUGUGAAGCUGGGCUCGCGGAUCGACUUCAUGCUCUACGAUGUGACGGAUUUAGACUCGAACCCGGGCAUUCCUAAGGCUAGUUUUGACUUCAUACUGUGCUCGAAUGCUUUCGUCUUGUUCCAGCACCCGGAGGAGGUAGUCAGGAGCUGGAGAGAGUACCUAAAACCUGGCGGCAUCCUCGCCGUGGAUGCCCCGCAUGAGCAAAAUUUCCCCUCUGGUCUCAUGAUGGAACAUGUUGCUGCGCAGUUGGGUCUCUUCUGGCCAUCGAAUAGGGCAUGGGUGAAAUCGAAGAACUCUUUUGUGCAGGUCCUGGAGAGUCGAGGUUUCGUCGUCGAUAAAGUCGUGGAGCUGGAGAACAUCAGCGGCGUGGAAUCGCCUUCUUUGAGUGUUGACCAGGCCGACGAGCAGUUUGAUCGCAUCAAGGCGAUUGUGCUCAAUGAGUCUGCUACAAUGGACGGACUUGAGGGCAGAGCGAGGUCGAUCUUUCGGGAGGAGUUUGCCCAAGCGGCGGUGAAUGGGAAGAUAGAGUACGUGGACUCGCUAUAUGUGUACAUUGCACAUAGGCUUUGA